AUGGCGGGCGACUUAAUCACCAAAGCCAUCACCAGGCUGAUCGUCUUCAUCUAUGGCGUCUUUACGAUCAUCCUUUAUGGGGUCUUAUCCAUCAAGAAGGGGAGUUUUUUCAAGAGACGUACAGAGAAGCAAAACCUUGAGCUGCAGCUUGCUCGCGAUCGUCUGUGGAACCUAUCUAAGGACUACGCCGGCCUUUCGCACCACUUUCUAACCCUUCCUAGCGGGUUCAAGUUCCACUUUGUCAGCAAUGUGACACCCGGCUCCCCAGCUGCUUUGAAAUCUGAUAAGCCGCUGGUCAUCUUCAUCCAUGGGUUCCCCGACAGCUGGGCAAUCUGGCGCCACAUUGCCAGCUCUCCGUCUCUACAGGAUGCCGCCAAUGUCGUUGCCAUUGACUUGCCCGGUUACGGCGGCACCCAAAGUCUGGAGAGAUACACGGCCACAGCAGUGUUGGAGAAGCUGACUGAGUUGAUCAUCACUCUCCGAUCUCAAUACGGCGUGGACGAGGGCUCUGAAGUAAACAAGGAAAAAGUGGUCAUUGUCGCCCACGACUGGGGCUGUGUAUUGUCAAUGCGACUUGCAGCCGAGGCACCAUCGCUGGCACACCGGUUUAUCCUUUCCAAUGGACCUUUGAUGAGCCUGGUGGAGUCCAACAUCCGCCGCAUGCUUACAUCGGCGUCCAAGAUGUUCAAGUCUGCUCUGAGUGCUCCGCUUUCAUCCCGCACCCCAUUGCUGCAGGCACUUCGGACCCUCGGUCCGCUGCUCAAACAACUCCGAAUGUCGGGCUAUGUCUUUACCAUGCAACUACCUCCCUCGCUUGUCACGUUCUUCCUGACGGGAGGCAACUACUCUUUCAUCUCAGCUGUCCACAGGGGCUCGCACGGGCGUGCUGAGUUUACCUCCCGCGACGAGGCUGACUCCAUGGCCAGCAGCAUGGGCCCGUCUCUCGCGGAAUCGAAAACCCAGACCGCCAAUGGCGACAAGUACCCAACGACCAUCAAGUACACGCACGACUUCGCCAACGUCAUGAACAUGGCAGGCUACUACCGAGACGGUGCAUCCACCGCGCGCUGGCAGAAGUCUAUCGAGACCAUCACUAGCCUGCACAGCAUUGCCGGCGGCAACGAGCUGCGGCGCACCAGUAGCGGAGCCGGCCUGUUCGACGAUGGCACCCCCGGCGUUCUCAAGGCAAACUCGACCGUGUUCUGGGGCAAGCGGGACAUCGCACUGAACCCGCCGAUCUGCCUGGACGGCAUGUCCGACUAUCUCGUCGCCGACAGCCAGAUCGUCAUGCUCCCCGAAUCCGGUCACUUCACUCCGAUCGAGACGGAAAGUCGUGUGGCUCUGGUGAAAGCCGUCGAAUGGGCCAUUCACGGCGAACAGGGCAAUAUAGGCUCUGCCAUUCAGGAGUGCUAUCCGAGCGCGAAGGUCAUUGCCCGGCGAUGA